AUGGCUUCAAAUUCUCAACAGAAUUAUAUUCGCUCACAACGAAUUCCAGUUUCAUCUGCAAUUCCCUCUGCAAAGCUCACGCUUUCUUCACUUCCACGUCGACCUGUACCUGUACCUAUACCAGCUGGUUCUUUGGUUCGACUGGAACAUCUUUAUGCAAAUCACUUCACCUGCCAAUUUGCUAAAAAUCUUCCUCUAUAUCAAUAUGAUGUAGCUAUCGAAGAAAUGGGGUUUAAGUCAAAAGAAUGGUAUGAAGUUAAAGGUCGCUCUCGAUGUGCACUGAUUAUGCAAUCAAUGAUAUCAACUGGUAUAUUUCCUCCAGAAGUUAUUGUAUGGUAUGAUGAACAAAAAUGUUUAUACAGCACAUCAAUUAUACAAACACCAAAAUUAUUUACAAGUGCAGAUGGACAAAGUCGACUUAAUAUUAAAUCAUUAGGUAAUCAAUGGUCAACAAAUGAUAUUUAUGGUUAUAUUAAUAAUCAAGCACAUGAAUAUCCAUAUGAUGCCGUACGAAUAUUGGAAACACUCUUGAAAAAAUCACUUCAAAAUCAAAUUCAAGUCGUUAACAAUACGUGUUAUUUUGUUAAUCAAAAGGCUAAAACAUUAACUGGUGGAUUUGUAGAACGACUUGGUUUUGUACAAGCCCUUAAUCUUGCAUCAGGUCGUAUAACAUUAAAUGUUCAAACAAAAUUAACAACAUUUUAUCCUGAAAUGCCACUGCUUGAUUUUAUUCAUAUGCAGAUUGGAGGAAAUCGUAUACCAAAUGAAAAUGAAUGUAAAAAAUUAAAUCGAAUACUAAAAAAUUGUCUUGUUGUUACACAACAAUCAAAUUGGAAACAAACUUAUGAAAUUGAUCAAUUUAUUAAUAAACGACCUGGUGAUAUUAAAAUUGAAUCAGGUCAAACAUUAAUUCAAUAUUAUCACGAUGCAAAAAGUAUUACAUUAACAAUGACAAAUUACCCAUGUAUUCAAGUUUAUCUACCUAAUGAAUAUCACAAGCCUUGUCAUUUACCUGUAGAAAUUUGUCGAAUUAAAGCAUGGCAAGUUUAUGAUAAAUUGUUGUCUAAAGUACAAGAAGGACAAGGACCUCGGAAAUAUAUUCCCAAGCCAAACGAACGUUACGAUGCUAUUAUGAAUGUAAUUCGUCAAUGUGAUUAUAAUUUAACUUCGAAUCGUCUUUGUCGUGAAGUUGAAUUUCAAAUUGAUGAUAAAGAAAUGUUACAAGUUAAUGCACGGUUAUUAAGUCAACCACAAAUUCAAACAGGUCCAAAUAGUACGGCCAAUAUUCGAAUUGGUCGUAUUCCUUUAGAUGGGCAUUUAUUUACACCAAAACCAAUUUCGAAAUUGGCUAUUACCUAUUUUGGUACAAAUUCUAAACAAGAUAAUGGUACAAUGGAUACUUUUAUUCAAACUUUAUUAAAUGUGAUGAAAACUUAUCACGUCAAUGUCAGACAUCAGAAAUACGUUGUUGAACCUAAUAUUGAUCAAAUCAAAGCGUAUUUCCGCGCAAUGAGCGAAAAAGGCUGUGAAUUUGUUGUAUGUGUUAUGAGUGCAAGAAACGAUGAUGAUCUUAAACAACUUAAAGCUUAUAUUAAAGAUUGCGGAACAAUUGAAUAUGGUAUUAUGACACAAUGUGCCGUUUUUUCCAAAAUAGCUGCUAAUCGUUCACUGACAACUUAUUGCGAAAAUUUACUUCGAAAAAUAAAUUUUAAAAAUUCCGGUAUUAAUACAAAAGUGAAUUUAAAUGAAGCAUUGAAAUGUAAAAAAUCUCUAAAUGAUUCAUAUAUGUUUUUUGGUGCGGAUGUUAUUCAUCCAACAAAUGUAACUCGUCAACAUCCAUCCAUAGCAGCUGUUGUCGGUUCUGGUGAUCCAUUAUGCUCCACAACAGCUGUCCGUGUUUGUCGACAAUAUCCGAAAGUCGGCAAAUGUUCAAUUGAAACAAUACUUGGAUUAAAAGAUAUGGUUGAACAAUUAUUAUAUUAUAACCAACAAGCAAAUAAAAUUUUACCGAAUAAAAUUGUCUUUUAUCGAGAUGGAGUUGAUGAUGGUCAAUUCGGAAAAUUGAUUGCACAUGAAAUUCCUGCAAUUCGUCAAGCUUUUGAUGUUAUUUAUGGUACUGAUCGAUCCAAUCAUCCACAAUUAACUUUUCUUGUAGUUAAAAAACAUCAUAAUACACGAUAUUUUCAUUAUAAUGAUAAAACUCAAGAAACAAAAAACAUAUCAAUUGGUGCUGUUGUUGAUACAACAAUUGUUCAUCCGUAUCAGAAUAAUUUUUAUUUAAAUUCGCAUAAUGCAUUUCAAGGUGUGAAUCAUCCAUCACUUUAUCAUGUUAUUUUGGAUGAAAUUGGUUUUACUGCUGAUGAAUUACAAUUAUUAACAUAUCAUCUAUGUUUUACAGAUCCAAGAUCAUCAGCUUCUGAAGCUAUUCCAUCAGUUGUACAUCAAGCAGAUAUAGCAGCACUUAAAGCUCGAGAUUUAUUUUAUGAUGAUGGAAGUUCAUCAGCAACAAGCAUAGGUGGCCGUAGUCAACCAUUACAAAAUCCAACUUUAGAUGAUGUUGAUUAUGAGAUUCUUGAUGUACAUGAAAAUCUUAAAAAUCGACCAAUAUUUAGUUAA